UUAUUGCUCAGCCUGUGGCUCUUGUCUUUUGUUACUGUGCUAUUUACCACAACAUCCUGGUCUACAGAAAUCUCACAGCACAGCUGCAUUAAGGUUCUGGAGCAUGUCAGGAGAAUGAAGAUUAAAAGAAUGAAUAUCUAUAAGCAGAAGCCUUGUAAUGACACAGUGCCAUUUUUAUUCAAGCCAAACAGUCAGGAAGUAUCUGCUUUUUUUGUUAUCUUAAACUUUUCUUACCCUGGAGAAUAAAAGCAAUAUUCUUUUGCCUGAAGAAUACUGAUACUGUUUGAGAUUAAUUUACUGUUGAGCAGAGGUUUUGGUUUUUUAUGGUGAAACUUUCUUUUAAGUUAUAAUAAUGUAGUGGGAAAAUGAGCUCCCAUGAAACAGGGAAUGAGCUACACCUGUGAGUUGCUUUGCACAACAUUAGUUUAUGUAGACUGUUUGAAAUUUAUCCCUUUAUUGCAUUAAGAGUACAGCCUACAGAAAUGCAAAAUCAAGAUUGUAAAACAUUGGUAUAGAAGCAGCAUUUUCAGUCUUAUCACAGUUGGAGAAUGGCCCCUUAUCCUCUUCUCAGUUGCCAAGUGACUCCAAGGUGUGACAUCGUGCCUAUAAAAUGAUAAACAGUUCACAGUUCAAAGUACUUAAUAAAAUAGUAACAGAUUAGUUACAGAACAGGGAAGUGACUACACAUCAAAGCUUUUGCAGGAUAACCUUAGGGAGUUGGAUUAACACAUUUGAAGGCAAUGAAUGAUAAAAUUUGAAGCAGGCUGAGUGCGGUAUGUCAGGGUCUGUGAGGGGCUGAAAGAGGCAGGAGGUGCUGGGAUACUGAAUGGACAUCUGGAAGGAAAAAGCAGUGGCUGGUGCCUCCUUAGAGCUUGGAAGGGUUUGUGUGUCUUGUAACUCCCCCCGGUCAAAGGCUGCCUGUGAUCCAGGAAAGACUGAGUGCAGGAACUUCCUGCAGCUGCUUUAACCCCCUACACACCUUUGCUGUCUCGUGGUUCAGGAGGGAGUGUUCAAGAACUCCUCCCACAGUUGUUUUCAAAACCAGUUCCAGACCAUGAAACAAAUACUCUGUUUAUUACUGCUCUUGUUAUUAAAGUGUGUUCAGAAACUUUUCUUAACUAAAUGGUUUGUUGCUGCAACUUUGACACCUAUUUUUCUUGCUGCUUAAAAUAAGCAAAAAGUCUCCUGCUUCCCACCUCCAUGCCCUUACUAAUGUGAGCAGAGAAGGAGCAUAUAGAAAGUUCAGCAUGCAGCAGGUAAAGAUGGGCUUUUUCUCCUUCCAGAAUUCAGGGGAGAAAAAUAAACUGUUGCAUAUCCACUUAGCUCUUGGAAAACAUCAGAAGGGAUUCAUUUUCCAAUUCAGCCUUUAUCAGAAUUCAGUCACUUUGUGGCUUUCAUAGCAUUUUUCGGAGCUUAGUGUAACUUGGAAAAAAGUUGUAUUUUGUAUUUUAUGUAGUUUUUCUGACAGCUUAUUGGCAGAAAGGUUUCAUGUGUGUGUAAUUAUUAGUGAGACACGAUGAGUCACAAGGUAAGGAUGUGCAGUUUUUAACAUCUGAUGUCAUUUCAGCAGGUGAAUUUUAUGUUAGUAGCAAAAAAAACAGCUCAGAGCCCUUUUUGUAAUGUCUCUACAUCUUGAGUCCUCAUUUACAGCAGAUCUGUUUGAAUAUUUGCAUGUGAUGCUAAGGAAGGUUCAAGCAACUGCCUUCCAGCCACUGAUGAUGUUUUAUGGCAGCCUGAAUUAAAUUAUAUGACAUAAUCACAAUCAGUAGAUUCGUCCAAUCAUUUACUCCCUUAAGGGCUUGCAGGAGCAAAACUGAUUUUUGUUUUUCCAAACUUCUUUCUGGAGUUUCUUUGACAUGGUGUAACUCUGGAAACCGCUCAAAAUGUAUGGACAUAUUGCCAAAGAUCAAAUUCAUAUUUUUCCUUUGGUUAUAUCUGUUUUCUCCUGAGUACUGGAUGCUUGCAGGUGUGUGUUGGGUUUUUUAAAUUUGUGAUGAGGUCUGGAACUUUUUGUAUUUGUACUGUUUUGUCACUUAGGGCUUAAUUAGGUUGAUGCCCUCAUACGUGGUGGUUGUUGUACAAGUCAGCGUGAAAGUGUAAAAACCUAUUUAUUGUUGAGUGCUGGGAGUUCUGAUGGUAAAGUACUACUCAGUACUUGCUCUUUUCUUUUGUUCUUCUCCCUAAACAUUUGUUACUUGCCCUUUCCAACGCCACGGAAUAGAGAAUUGUCAGUCUUGGUCUGAUCACCGUGCCCAUGCCCAGCUACUGAUUCUCUCAGCCACCUACCACUUGCUGUAAUAUGGUGGAUCCUACUCUAGCAGAAAUGGGGAAGAAUCUGAACGAAGCAAUGAAGAUGCUGGAAGACAACCAGAGGAAAGUGGAGGAGGAAAAUGAAAAGAAAUAUGCACGGAAGGAUAUUCCUGGACCACUCCAAGGCAGUGGCCAGGAUAUGGUGAGCAUACUUCAGUUAGUUCAGAACCUAAUGCAUGGAGAGGAGGAAGAGGAAACUUCGCAGUCCUACAGACUUCAGAACGUUGGUGAACAGGGUCACAUGGCUCUACUGGGACAUAGUUUGGCUGCUUAUAUAUCUGUGCUGGACAGGGAAAGACUGAGAAAACUUACAACAAGGAUCCUUUCUGACACUACUCUCUGGCUCUGCAGGCUUUUCAGGUAUGAGAAUGGAUCAGCCUAUUAUCAUGAAGAUGAUCGUGAAGGUCUCCUAAAAAUCUGUCGACUUGUAAUUCACACCCGCUAUGAAGAUUAUACACUCGAGGGGUUCAAUGUGCUCUACACUAAGCAGCCUGUCAUAUACAUCAGCUCUGCAGCCAGAACAGGCCUGGGCCAAGCUCUCUGUAAUCAGUUAGGGUUGCCCCUUUCCUGCAUGUGUCGUGUGCCUUGUAACACUAUGUUUGGAUCUCAGCACCAAAUGGAUGUUGCUUUGUUGGACAGACUGAUUAAAGAUGAUGUUGAGUUUGGAAAACUGCCUUUGUUGCUUGUGGCCAAUGCUGGGACUCCAGGUGCUGGGCACACGGACAAGCUGGGCCGCCUGAAGGAGCUCUGUGAGCAGUACAAGAUGUGGCUCCAUGUGGAAGGCGUGAAUCUGGCAACUUUGGCUUUGGGUUAUGUCUCCUCUUCUGUACUGGCUGCUACAAAAUGUGACAGCAUGACUCUGACUCUGGGUUCCUGGCUGGGGCUCCCAGCAGUGCCUGCAGUGACACUCUACAGACACGAGGAUCCAUCCUUGUCCUUGGCAGCGGGGCUGACAUCGAGCCAGCCCGUGGAGAAGCUCCGUGCCCUGCCCCUGUGGCUCUCCUUGCAGUACCUGGGCCAUGAUGGCAUUGUGGAGAGGAUAAAACAUGCCUCACAACUGAGUCAAAGGCUGCUGGAAAACUUGAAAAACCUGGAUUUCAUUAAGACUUCGGUUGAAGAUGAAUUGAGUUCACCAGUAGUAGUUUUCAAGUUUUUCCAGGAAUAUUCAAAUAGAGAUCAGACCUCACAUGCUGCACAGGCCUCAAGUAUUCAGCACCCCAUGAUAAGCAAUGAAGGGCACAUUUAUGACACCUUCAAUCAGUGGCUGGGAGAGCAGCUGGCACAGCUGGUUCCUGCCAGCGGAGUCGAUGUGGUGGAACUGGAGGAUGAAGGCAUGUGUGUGCGCUUCAGCCCUCUCAUGACUUCUGCAGUUUUAGGAACUGAAAUACAAGACAUUGAUCAGUUGGUAGACUGCUUAAAAAUGAAAAUACCGGUGUUGACAAGUACCCUGCAGCUGAGAGAGGAGUUUGAGCAAGAAGUGAGAAGAACAGUUGGCCUGUUGUAUAUUGAAGAUCUUGGCUGGCCAGGAUUAGGUGUUGUGAGGUACAACUAUCACAGUGAUGGGAAGAAUGAUGAUAAACAAGAAAAAGAACUAGAAAAAAUCAAUACAGAACUUCUGAAGAAGUUAAAUGAACUGGAGUCAGACCUCACUUUUUCUUUGGGUCCAGAAUUCGGAGGACAGAAGAACUGUGUGUACAUUGGCAUGGUCACAGAGGAUCUGGAUGUGUCAGAGUUGGUUGAAACUAUUGCAGCAACAGGCAGAGAAAUUGAAGAAAAUUCAAGACUGUUGGAAAACAUGACUGAAGUUGUUAGAAAAGGGAUACAGGAAGCACAGCUUCAGCUUCAGAAAGCAAAUGAAGAACGACUGCUGGAAGAGGGGCUGCUGCGACAGAUCCCAGUGGUGGGCUCUGUGCUGAACUGGUUUUCUCCCUUCCAAGCCUCACCCAAGGGAAGGACGUUCAAUUUGACGGCAGGCUCUCUAGAAUCCACAGAAUCUAUGUAUGUGUCAAAGGCCCAAGGAACAGGCAGCACUCCACCACCAACUCCCACUUCCAGCCUUGCAAAGCAAAGACUUCCUGGUCAGAAAGCUUUCAAAAGGUCUCUGAGAAACUCUGAUGGGUUCAGUGAGACCAGUUCCAUCAGCCACUGUGAUGACCUGGACAAGCUUGAUCAGAGACCCCCAAAUCUCUCCCCUGGCCAAGAGCAAGGACCUUUGGAAAUGGAAAGAGCAGAGGAGCAGAGGGAGUUGGCGUCAGCAAAGACAGACACUGAGGACAUUCACAGUGACAAAUUGCCACCAGACUGCACCAAGGCAGAGGACCAAGCUAGUCAAAGAUAAAAUCCAGAGUGUGGAUUUCAGACUGUGCCGAGGAGGCCCCUGCCCAGGGAGGCAGGGUGGUAAUGAUGCAUUGAAAAUGUGAACAGUGCCACACACAGUACAGUAAUAACUACUGUAACUUAUUAACUGGGAUUUUGCACAAAUAUACAUUCCCUCCCCUGGGACAGAGAUUUGUCUUAUUGUACACUUGUUACAGUUGCUUUAAUCCUCUCCAUGUUGUUGUCACCAAAGCUGUAGUGAAAUUUAUUAAGUGCUCAUGAACAUUUGUAAAAACACUUGGCAGUUAUCCUUCCUGCAGGAAUCCACGCAUGACAAGUUGCUAACUAACCACUCAACCAUGCACAUGAUGAAAAAUACAGUUGCACCCAGCAAUUAUAAAUUAUCUUAUGUUACUAUACUUUAUAAAAAGCAACUGCCAGUUGUUCACCUUUUUAGUAUUCAAAAUUCAGUUUAGGCUCUCCUGCACAACAUCUCCUGAAGACACCUUAGUUCUGUGUUGCUUCUUUUCUGUUACCUUACCCACACCCUGCCCAAGAGCCAUGGGGUGCUGGGCACUGGGGAGGGACAGGUGCCCUGGUGGGUGGGAGUCACUGAGGAGCACUGGGCAAUCACCCCUUUGUUGCUGCUCUUGUACCACUCCACCCCCCAGCCACAACCCUGGGUACACUGGGACUGAGUUAGUGAAUUUUCAGCCUUCUAGAAAGCAAUAGUGCCUCUGCAUGCCUGGCCAGCCUCCUACUCCUGCCCUGGGAAGGAGCACAAGGCACCAUUACUUUCCUUUGCACGGCAUUUACACACCAAAUACUGAACAUGUUCAUGCAGUGUAACUGGAGUUCUUUCUGUUGUGUAUUUUUAAAGAUAGCUGUAGUAAAGCUUGAAAAACCAA